GCUAACAGUCCAAUAUGCUAUAGAUAGCUAGCAGGCCGCGGUUAGCAGAAGUCGACAUUAGAAUGCAGUUUACUUUAAACCACAUCUGAGCGAAUUUACAUAUAGCUCUAGUGCACCUAAAGUCCUUUUCCAAUGCUUUGCCGACUUAAUAUCAGUUCUAGCGCGUUAAUAUAUAUUUUAUGGAAAAGGGGUGUCUCCUUAACUUAACGAUCAAACUAAAUAGCCUACCUACAAAUGGUAAAAGUUUGUCACUAACAAAUGUAUUUAUAAAGCCUUUUUACAUCAGUAGAUGUCACAAAGUGCUAUACUGAAAACCAGCCUAAAAUCCCAAACAGCAAAGCAAUGUACUGCGUGUGCUGCUGUCUCAGUAACUCAGCUGCCUCUCAACCAGUGCUCUCAACGUGCGCACACACCCCUCCCACUCCCUCCCCGUCCCAAGCAUUCAGUCACCUACUCACUGCCUGAUAGUAAGCAUCAGCAGGUCACAGUGAAUAUGUUUUUAUUUAUUUUUUAAAGAGAAAUGACAAGGCGGCCGUAGUGCAAUUUAGUAGCCCAAAAACCCGCUACCAAAACAUUUUCACCCGCGACACCGUUUUCAAAGUACCCCAAGUCAUAAAACCGUCAACAUGGCAACCCUGGUCGUCAAUGGGACGCGCGGUGCAUUCUGGACAACAUUAGCAUGAAUUUCGUGAACAAGAAGUACAACAUCACACAUAUUUUUACUGUAAUAUCCUAUCGUUUUGGAAUCGUGACAUUACGUACUUAAGAGGAAAAUAAGCAGAUGUCUCGACUCAUAACUCGUUCAGAUGGUAGUCGAAACCAAUUAGCAAGUCAGAAAUUUCCGAGUUUCUUUGGUCCGACUAGCACGUUAACGCAGCAUCAUACACUGACUUUGGGAAGGUGUUGCGUGACGAUGGUUUAGCAACCUUGUGACGCACCAUGACAACCGGAACGCGAUUGGUCGACAGUCUGCAGGGUGGAGCGUUAUACGCAUUGAAUUAGGAUGGGAAUUAAAAUACUAGAAUAAGUUAUACGUUCCUCCAUUCAUUGCCCAAUGGGAUUCCCUUCUCCUCCUUCUCUAAUAUCGCUGGUUCUAUUCGACCAGAAAAGUGAGCUUGUCAUGCUCCUGUCCAAUUAAAAUAAGACACUAUUCUUACACGUUAGUUAUGAUUGGUUGCUCGCGGUGAUAUAUGUAUAGAUGUGCAUUUUCUGCAAAACUAUGGGGCGGGACAAAGCAGAAUGGUGUUUAUUCAGGGUUAGACUAAAGACGUGCCUCUUCGUACUGAUUGAUUACCUUAAACACCAGAAAAGUUUCAAUUGAACGAAGAAUACGGUUACCAAACCUUUAGAGAAUUCUUGAACUGGCUUCAAGUUUCAGUCCCGAUACCCAGCAAAGUAAAGAAGGGUGAUAUGCCACAUCAGGAAGCUUUUUAGAAGUGAAGUGAUGGAAUUGAUGGAGCCCAUGGCAGUGAGCACCUCAGUGGUCGYGCCGGAUGAGUUCAACCGCAACAUGCCGCGCAUCUGCGGCGUCUGCGGCGACAAGGCCACCGGCUUCCACUUCAACGCCAUGACCUGCGAGGGCUGCAAGGGCUUCUUCAGACGCAGCAUGAAGCGUAAGGCCAGUUUCACCUGCCCUUUCAACGGCAGCUGCUCCAUCACCAAGGACAACCGGCGCCACUGCCAGGCCUGCCGGCUCAAACGCUGCGUGGACAUGGGCAUGAUGAAGGAGUUCAUCCUGACAGAUGAGGAGGUGCAAAGGAAGAAGGAUCUGAUCCAGAAGAGGAAGGAGGAGGAGGCGGUGCGGGAGGCCCUGAGACCAAGGCUGAAUGACGAGCAGAGCCAGGUCAUCGCAUCAUUGGUGGAGGCACACCACAAGACCUACGACGACUCCUACUCCGACUUCUCACACUUCAGGCCCCCGGUGCGAGAGGGCCCAGUAACACGCAGUGCCAGUCGUGCAGCCUCCUUUCACUCGCUGUCAGAUGCCUCCUCAGACUCCUUCAACCACUCACCAGAGUCGGUGGACACCAAGCUGAUGAAAUUCAGCAGUCUAUUGAUGAUGUACCAGGACAGUGCAGGCAGCCCGGACUCCAGUGAGGACGAUGGCUCCAAGUUCUCCAUGUUGCCCCACCUGGCUGACCUGGUCAGUUACAGCAUCCAGAAGGUCAUCGGCUUCGCUAAGAUGAUCCCUGGCUUCAGAGGGCUGACUGCUGAGGACCAGAUCGCCCUGCUCAAGUCAAGUGCCAUCGAGAUCAUUAUGCUACGCUCCAACCAGUCUUUCAACCUAGAGGAUAUGUCCUGGAGCUGUGGUGGUAGCCCUGACUUCAAGUACUGCAUCAACGACGUCACCAAGGCGGGUCACACUCUGGACCUGUUGGAGCCACUAGUGAAGUUCCAGGUGGGCCUGAAGAAACUCAGCCUCCAUGAGGAGGAACACGUGCUGCUCAUGGCCAUCUGCCUGCUGUCUCCAGAUCGUCCAGGGGUGCAGGACCACGCUAAGAUUGAGGUUCUCCAGGACAGUCUGUCGGAGGUGCUCCAGGCCUACAUCAGGGUGAACCACCCGGGAGGACGGCUGCUCUAUGCCAGGAUGAUCCAGAAGCUGGCCGACCUGCGCAGCCUCAACGAGGAGCACUCCAAACAGUACCGCUCGCUGUCCUUCCAGCCCGAGCACAGCAUGCAGCUCACCCCGCUGGUGCUGGAGGUGUUUGGAAGCGAGGUGUCCUAGCAGCCACGCCGACCCCCACCACCACACCUCUGGUUGGAAGAGAUGGACAGACGAUCCCUCCUGUGAGGACCCCCGGGAGUUAAUUUGUUGAGUUGCUGGAUAGAGGGCUCAGUGAUGGAAGGGUCUCUGAGUGGGAAUAGCGGAAUGGACCGGAAAGUCACACUGUCACAGAAACGGUUUUGGUGGGUUAAUCAGGGUAUUAAGGGUAAAUAGAGGAGGAAGGGGUUUCGAUAUGGUUGUAAUUUCCCGUUCAUAAGAAAAAGGGAAUUUCGAACAGAAUGUAUUUAUAACUAAACUAUAAAUAUACAGUACCAGUCAAAAGUUUGGAUACACCUACUCAUU